AUCCAUUGUUAUCGACUUGAAAGCUUAACGAUGGGUUUCUGAGUCUGACGAAUAGAAGGAGACCCAUCACCAUCAUUAUGGUUUUCACUGCGAGAUUGCAAUCGCCCAAUCCUGCAAUCUUCAGCGAUCCAAUUUUCCAUCGCGGGUUCGUCGAAAAGUACUUUUCGUUUCGCCGCCGGUACACUCUCCGGCAAGCUUCUCCGGCAUUGCGAUUCGCGAAGGUUACGGACUCAAUCGGUUCUUCUUCUCCCUCUCAAUUCUACUCGAAUCCGAAGGAAUCUUCCGAUCCAUCGGUGUCUUCCCGUCUAACGUCGUCCGUGGGACAGCCUCCUCUCCAGCUCUCUCAAUGGACACUCUCGCAGAAACACUUCGUCUUGCUCAAUGUCGUCGCCUGCGUAACAGCAGUUUCAGCAUCAUGGCUAUUCUUGGCUGCAAUUCCUACUCUUCUGGCUUUCAAGAAAGCAGCCGAGUCUCUUGAAAAGCUUUUGGAUGUAACCAGAGAAGAGCUGCCAGAUACAAUGGCUGCUGUUCGCUUAUCGGGAAUGGAGAUCAGUGACUUAACGAUGGAGCUCAGUGAUUUAGGCCAAGGCAUCACUCAAGGUGUUAAAAGCUCAACACGUGCUAUUCGCGUGGCUGAAGAUAGACUAAGACGGCUAACAAACAUGAAUCCAGUAGCUUCAAUGCAGGAGGUGAUGCAUCAAGCAAAGACAGAGAAAACAGAACCAAGGGUAGCUAAAGCAGCGAGGAACUUCAAGGAAGGGAUCGUUAAGGGACGUUCUUUAUGGCAAUCGUUCUUCACAAUCACUCGUUUCUCCAAAAUCGCCACAAGCUAUCUUGCAAAGCGAGCCAAGCAGUAGAAAGUGAUCCAUCACAUCCCACUUUUUUCCUCAAUUCUCUUACCCUUUUCUCAGAAUCCUAGUCUAGCUCGAGUGUUACUAGCUUAAGAAUAGUUUAGUUUGGUUGAUAUGAAACUAUGAAGAUGAUCUUGAUCUUGAGACGCAAAGCAAGAUUCUUGUAGAGUAACUACUAAACAAAGAUUAUGCAAUUCUAAAGUUUAAGACCCUAG